UAUUUGGAAAGCCCCAGGGCACAAUGGCCAGGGUCCACAUUGGCCAAGUGAUCAUGUCCAUUCGCACCAAGCUGCAGAAUAAGGAGCAUGUGAUUGAGGCCCUACGUAGGGCCAAGUUCAAGUUCCCUGGCCGCCGGAAAAUCCACAUUUCCAAGAAGUGGGACUUUAACGUGGAUAAAUUUGAAGACAUAGUGGCUGAAAAGCUGCUCACCCCAGAUGGCUAUGGGGUCAAAUAUAUCCCUUAUCAUGGUCCCUUGGACAAAUGGAGGGCUCUGUGCUCAUGAGAACCUCGGCACUGCCCCUUCUCUGUCAUGCCCACCAAUAAGUCCUACUUCCCGUCUUAAAAAAAAGAAAAUACACGUUAAAUCCCUUCCCAUUAAAUGUGGUUUUUUUAUUGUGUUUA